UCUGCUUUUUCUUGGCGCCUGCUGGUUCUUGCUGUAGUAUGAUAAAUAUUUUUUAACUCAUAGUUACGUUUAUAACUAGUAUUGUUUUAACACGCUUGUUCUGUUUACAUUAUACUAUCUUCAGAGUAUACUAUGCUGUGUCUGUUGUGGAUUCUUAAGGGUAACGUUAUUCAAAGUUAACUAGGCUAUUACCUACAUUGUUUCUGUUAGCGAUAGCCACACUGUUUAUCAGUAAAUGAAAAUAAUCUGGUAGUCAAACUGCUUAGACAAAGUAAACCUUUUGGAUGUGGAGAGAUUGGUGUUCCUGCAAAACAGACCGUUGUAUCACUGAACAAUGUAAAUGCAUGAAGACUUAUUAGCUGUUUAUUUUAUAUUAAAAAAUUUCAAGGUUUCCAUUGUGUUCCUAAAAUGCCAGGAAGAACACUCAUGCUAACCUCUGUCUUCAUCAACUUAACUGUCAUCAAUUAGAAGUCGUAUGAAUGUACCCAUCUAACAAACAGUAGGUCGUUCAUCUAGUAUUCUGUUGAAGCCUGUUCAGAUUAGAAGUUCACACAGCAGAGUGCAUGCCAUGGAGUCUGGUAAUGAUGGGAGUGUCGGAGGUCCAUCAGGGGACGAGAGCUACUUUCAGGGCUACACCUUCACUGAUCGCUCCCAUUCCAGCCGUGUGGUAAAGAGCAUCAUGGACUUGUGUCUGGAGGACGGACUGUUUGCAGAUGUUAUUGUCACUGUGGACAGCAAGGAGUUCCAGCUUCACCGCCUGGUGCUGUCUGCACAGAGCAGCUUUUUCAGAUCCAUGUUCACCUCAAAUCUUAGAGAAGCUUAUGAUCGCAACAUUGAGCUGAAGGACGUCAGUGCGCCUGUGUUCCAAUCACUGGUGGACUACAUAUACCAUGGAACAAUAAAACUACAGGUUGAAAAUCUGCAGGACACAUAUGAGAUGGCUGACAUGUAUCAGCUCAUUGCCCUGUUUGAGGAGUGCUCUCGUUUUCUUUCACGCACUGUGGAAAUCAAGAACUGCCUGCAGGUGAUGUGGUUGGCGGACAGACACAGUGACCAGGAGUUGUAUACGGCAGCCAAGCACUGUGCAAAGAUCCAUCUUGUUCAGCUCCACCAGACAGAGGAGUUCUUGAACCUACCAUUGUGCCUUCUCAUAGACAUCAUUAAAGAUGGUGUUCCAAGCUCACAAAAUCCAACUGCAGCAAUUGAAUCUUGGAUCAAUCACAACAAAGUUGAGCGAGAGGAGUAUUCAGACAUGCUCGUAGACAGCCUAAAGGAGAUUGGUGAAAACGUCCACAUCUACCUAAUUGGGAAGGAAGACACACGAACACACUCGUUGGCAGUGUCUCUUCAUUGUGAUGAGGAUGAUACCAUCAGUGUGAGUGGUCAGAAUAGCCUGUGUCAUCAAAUCACAGCUGCCUGCAAGCAUGGUGGUGACCUCUAUGUUGUAGGGGGCUCCAUACCGCGACGCAUGUGGAAAUGCAACAUGCACACCAUGGACUGGGAGCGCUGCGCCCCUCUGCCACGGGACCGUCUCCACCACACGUUAGUGUCCGUUUACUCAGAAGAUUCCAUUUACUCCUUAGGAGGCAAAACCCUUCAGGACACACUCUCCAAUGCUGUCAUCUGUUACACAGUGCAGGACAACCUAUGGAAAGAGACCACUCCGUUAGAAACAGCUGUAUCUGGAGCAGCGGGAGUCAAUUUGGGAGGCACGAUUUACCUUUUGGGUGGGGAAGAGAAUGAUAUGGACUUUUUCACCAAACCGUCUCGCCUUAUCCAAUGUUUUGAAACAGCCACACAGAGGUGUCAGACGAAGUCCUACAUGUUGCCUUUUGCAGGAUGCAUGCACGCCACUGCCCAUAUGGACCUUAUCUUUGUGGUGGGAGAGGGCGACUCUCUGGUGUGCUACAACCCACUUUUGGACAGCUUCACCCGUCUACGGUUUCCCGAAGUGUGGAGCUGCGUGCCGUCUCUGUGGAAAGUGGCCAGCUGCAACGGCUGCAUUUACGUUUUCAGGGACAAAUGCAAAAAAGGCGACGCAAAUACUCUAAAGUUAAACCCUGCGACAUCAGUGGUCUCGGUGAUUAAGGGAAUCAAAAUCCUCCUCACGAAUUGGCAGUUUGUUUUGGCCUGAUUUCUUAAGAUAAAUUCUGUGUAAUGCAUGGGACCAAGACAAAUGUUGUGUUCCGGUCGAUGUCAUGCUUGAUGAUAUUGAUGUUACACCUUUCAUGUAGUAAUUGUUUCUCUGCUACAGUGGUGCCGAAGCUUAAAUCUGUGAUGUGAAGUGUCAUAGGGUAGGAUACUGUAGAAAUUAAUUUACAGAUCCUUUGCUGUUUGUGGGUACCACAAGGGUCCACUUGACUUGUAUGUUCAAGCUUUUGCGAAACCUUUCACAAUUUGCUCUGCUCAUUUCUUUUGGAUUACAGUAUGUAAAGGAGUCUGUAAAUAAAGUUAGUAUUGAAAGUAAUAAGGUUGAACAUGUUCAUAUAGUGACGCUAUCUACCCCCUACAUUGGUCAUACUAUCAUAGUCAGUGGUUUAUGACAGGUUUAUGAAAGCCUGGAGCGGUUCCACCAAGAAUUGAUUGGCAGAUGGUAAGAAUUAUUUAUCCCCUACAAACUAUCUAGAAUUCUGGCUCCACAGAUUGGUUAUGUGCCUAUAUGGACCACAGAUUAGUCCUGUCACUUUAAGCAAGUACUCCUAAGUCAGCUUGUUAUGUAUAUAAAAGAUGCCUGCCAACAGAAUCUGUAUCUUCCAUUUCAACCUCUCCACCAUCAUGGUCCAGACCAAAUAGGUUUUAGGGUGUCAUGGAAAAGAUUGUAGACCUGCACAAAUCAUGUAUAGGCUACAGACAAAAGCUUUGUUAGAAGUAGACGACUGUUGGUGCGAUUAUUUGGAAACACAAAAUAACUAUCAAUUGCCCUUGGUCUGAAGCUCCCUGCUAGAGUUCACCAAUGGAGUAAAGAUGAUCAUAAGAAAGGUUAAAGAUCAGCCCAGAACUACAUGGAAACUUGGUCAUGAUUUCAAGACAGUUGGGACCACAGUUAGCAAGCAAACCGUUGUUAACACGCUAUGCCACAAAAGAUUGAAAUCCUGAAACUCCCACAAGGUCCUCCUGUCCAAGAAGGUUUGACAAUGAAAAUCAAAAUGAUUCAGAAGAGUCUUUGGUGAAAGUGCUGGCACUGCUGUGAGACCAAAAUUGACUCUUGUUUUUAGAGGGAGAGAAAUGCUGACUAUGACCCAAGAACACCAUCCCUACAGAGAAGCACUGUGUUGGAAACAUUAUGCUUUAGGGCUUUUUCUCUGCUUUGGGUACAGGAAGACUUCACCGCAUUGAGGGGCUGAGGGACAGGCCCAUGUAGCGUAAAAUCUUGGACAAGAACCUCCUCUAGAUCACUGAAGAUGGGUCGUGCAUGUGCCUUUAACAUGACAAAGACCCAAAACAUAUUGCCAAGACAACCGAAGAGUGGCUUAAGGAGAAGCACAUUAAAUGUCCUAGCCAGUCAAAAGAUCCUAGUCCUAUAGAAAAUCUGUGAAGGAGGCUGAAACUCAAAUUUGCUGAGUGACAGCCAAGAAACCUUAAAGAUUUAAAGAGGAGUGGACUAAAAUCUAUCCUGACAAAUUUGCAAACCUGGUGACCAAUUAUCAGAAAAAUCUUACCUCUGUGCUUGCCAACAAGGGUUUCUCCACCAAGUACAAAGUUAUUUUUUAUCGGGGAUCAAAUUCUUAUUUCACUGACCGAAAUGCAAAUCAAUGUAUAACCAUUAUAUACAUAUUUCCCCUGAUUUUUUUAAUAUUCUGUCUCUAUCAGUUAAAAUAAAUCCACCACAAAAAUAACAGACCCUUUAUUUCUUUGUAAGCAGGCAAACUUACAAAAUCAGCAGAGGAUCAAAUAAUAAUUUCUCUCACUGUAUGUAAAAAUGUUGACCACUUAGAGACAUAUAUUAUAAGAAUGUUCUUUGGUGCAAAGUAUUGUAACUAGAAAUUAUUAAAGGAAAGGAUUUAAUACUUUA